GGCCUGGUUUUUCAGAUAAAAGAGAAUGAGCCAAGGAAACUACUGGGGUGAAGGAGAGAAGAAAAGCCUCAGAAGGGUCCUGGAGUAGGAGGGGAUGAAGGAUAAAGAACAGCAAAGGCCGACUCCAAUAAGUACCUGCUCUUUUCUUUCUUUCUCUACUCCUGACCUCUAGUGGUUCCUCUAAUGACCUUGUGCCUGAAGAGCUGGGGGAGGAGGGGCAUACCAGACUGCUCUCUAACCAUAUAAACCUACCUCACUCUUCUACCUUUUGUGGCUCUUAAGUUCCCAAGGUUGGGUUCAGAAUCCCCAAACCUGUCUCUGAAUCUCCAACAGGCAUUAGUGUAUCUUUGUUUCUUUAAAUUUUUAUUUAUUGAUCUCAGAGAGAGAGAGGGAGGGAGGGAAAGAGAGAAGCCAGCUAUUCCCAUUUAUGCAUCCAUUGUUUUGACUCUUUUAUGCGCCCUGAGCUGGGAUGGAACCCGCAACCUUGGCAUAUCCCGACGAUGCUCUAAUCAACUGAGCUAUCCGACCAGGGGGCAUUAGUGUAUAUUUUAAAAUGACAUCCUGAGGAGAAAAAUAGUCAUACUGUCACGCUCUAGCGGUGCUAGAGUCUAGCUAGCCCACAGUUUGCAAAGCCUUUUCCAGGAAGGAUCUCAUCACGCCUCCUCGAAAGUCCCCAGUUUUAGGCAGAGCCAAAGCCACUAUCCCCACUCCGCAGAUGAGGAAAAGCUGGGCCCACAGGGCCAUCGUUUCCUGCUGUGAGCCACUAGCCGCGCAGCAGUCAGCUAGCAGCAAGCCACCCCACAGGCCUCGCUUUCACCAAGUAAGAACCCCUUACUCCUUAGCAUCGCCGACUGUCCCUCGUCCGGAGCCUGCCGGAAGUUGUAGUCCAAUGUCCCGCAGCUUCAAUGGGUUGGACUACAACGACCAGCAUGCCCUGCGCUUCUUGCCCCGCCCCCCAUCUUUUUCAGCCUCAGGCGCCGGGGAGGUUCGGUUGACCUGCUGACUGGGAACCAGAAUGGCAGCUACUCUGGGCAGCGGGGAGCGCUGGACGGAAGCUUACAUUGAUGCAGCUAGAAGAAACAAAUACCCAGAAGACAGACCUCCUGAAAGUCAUGAUCCCUGUGGUUGCUGUAACUGCAUGAAGGCGGAAAAGGAAAAGAAGUCUGAGAAUGAGUGGAAUCAGACCUGGCAGGGCGAGGGGAGUGCCACUUAUACUGAGGACCAACUGCUUGGGGUACAAAGAAUCAAGAAAUGCAGAAAUUACUAUGAAAUUCUGGGAGUUUCUCGAGAUGCCAGUGAUGAAGAGCUUAAGAAAGCUUACCGAAAACUUGCCCUGAAAUUUCACCCUGACAAGAACUGUGCUCCGGGAGCAACAGAUGCUUUCAAAGCAAUAGGAAAUGCCUUUGCAGUUCUUAGCAAUCCGGACAAGAGACUCCGCUAUGAUGAAUAUGGAGAUGAGCAAGUGACUUUCACUGCCCCUCGAGCCAGAUCUUAUCAUUAUUACAGGGACUUUGAAGCUGACAUCACUCCAGAAGAGUUGUUCAAUGUCUUCUUUGGAGGACAAUUUCCUACAGGAAAUAUUCAUAUGUUUUCAAAUGUGACAGAUGAUACCCACUAUUACCGCCGGCGGCACCGACAGGAGAGGGUGCAGAAACGGAAGGAGGAGGAAGAAGAUAAACCUCAGACUACGUAUUCUGCAUUUAUUCAGUUACUUCCAGUUCUUGUGAUUGUGAUUAUAUCUGUUAUUACUCAGCUGCUAGCUACUAAUCCCCCAUACAGUCUAUUCUACAAAUCGGCCAUGGGCUAUACCAUUUCUAGAGAAACCCAGAACCUGCAGGUGCCUUACUUUGUGGAUAAAAACUUUGACAAGGUCUACAGGGGAGCAUCUCUGCGUGAACUGGAGAAGACGAUAGAGAAGGAUUACAUUGAUUACAUCCAGACGAGUUGUUGGAAGGAGAAACAACAAAAGUCCGAGCUGACCAAUUUGGCCGGAUUAUACAGAGAUGAACGAUUGAAAGAGAAAGCAGAGUCGCUGAAACUUGAAAACUGUGAAAAACUUUCCAAACUCAUUGGCCUACGCAGAGGUGGCUGAGAGGAUGAUAGUCCUAUGCAGGGUCGGGGUUUUGCUACUUGUUACUACUUAUGUUCCUAAUUCCAUUUUAUAAUACAAAACUAGGAUGAUGAACAUUUUACAAUUUGCUAACUUUAUUUGGUGGGCUGAGUUGAAGGUGCUUGCGCAUGGAGCCAGACUGGUCAUCACAGAAUCCCUUCCUGGGGAUUGGCUCCAGGGGCCAGGAACAGCUCAUCUGAGUUGAAUUAAUGACAAAGUGUUGGAUUCAGCCCCCCUGCUCCACACCUGCCCUGCCUCUAGGAAUGCAAGUCAGGGCAUCCCAGAGCAGAUUCAUGUUUUCUUCUUUUUUCUCCUCUUCGCUAACCACUCAUUCCUAGGCAGAGCCAAAGCAGCUUAAUAUUAGUUGUUUGCAAAGUGCACCAAAAAUUAGACCUCUCCCUUCAUGAGAGUCUCCCCCAGGAUUCAGCCUUUGGAACAUACUCCUUCUCAUAUUUCCACUUUCUAAGGGGAAUGUGGAGAAAUGUAAACUAUUGUAGCCAAUAGUUUCCUAUUUGCCCAAUCUCUAUUCAGAGUUACUAGCAAAAUGCCUGAUCUGAGUUUUUUACUUCCUUAAUUGUCUCUCUUGCAGAGGGACCAGAAAUUAAAAGCUAUUGAGUGAAACAGCUCAAUGGAAGCAGGGGCCAGGGAUGAAGGUAAAAUGUAACCUUAGUCUCAGCUUCUCGCUGAAAGUUCCCUAGUCCACAAUAGAACCCAGAGAAUGUUCUUUUUGCCAUUUCCCCUUGUAGCAUCACAGGAACUGAGUCCCUACACCCCAGAGGUGUAGUGGUCAGACUAAGAAGAAGCACUGCCAGCUAACUGGGCUAUUUGCUCAAGCCUAGAGAUAGAGGGGAGAGACCUUUCCAUGGCUCUGGGGAUCUGGUGUUGGCUCCAGCGGUCACUUUGUCUGAUCCUAUAGUUUGUGAUAUGAGAGGCUUUUUCAUGUAGUCAACGUUGACUGAGUGCCUGGGAUGAAGCAAGGGCUCUCAAUGCAUUUUCCUACUUUAGCCUCCUCACAGCUCUGUGAAGUGGACAUGUUAUCCCUGUUUUUAUGAAUGAGAAUAUUGCCCCGGAGAGGAUGAAAGGUUAACCCGAGUCACAUAAGUGGUAAUGGCAGAGCUAGACGGAGGUCUGAUUAUCAAGUAGAAAGUGUGAGAUCAUCCCCAUUUCUCAGGUCAUUCUAGCCAGAUUGGUAAAGCUGAAUCUUUCCCAAAGAUGCCCCUGCCCCCUCCCCUCUGACCCCGUAUCCUUUCUGUGGCAGCCCAUCAUCCAUUCAGGACACCUUUCCCCCUGGUCUUUAGGAACCAAGACUCCAUACCAACUUUGUAUACAAAACAAAAGGUCCCUCAGAGGCAGGCAGCCCUUUCCACAGGUGACAAAGAAGGAAUAAGUUGCUUCCUGGGCUUGUAGUUCCAGACUUCCUGCUGAGCCAAGCUACCUGAGCUGCCUAGAUUAUUAUGAAUCUGAACCUGGAAGAAUCAGUAAGUGACUGUGGUCUACACUCAUAUUUUCUCCAGGAUGGAAGAAAAAUUCCUGUUGGAAGGAGAUUCUGCAUGAAAACUGAUUUCCAGAGUGGAGUUUCUCCUUUCAGAUGCUCGGUCAUGAUUCAGACAGAUGUGUCUGGCACGGUUCAACAUGUGGACAUUCCACAGGGUCAGGAGAUGCCUCCAGAGGUAAAGAGUGGGGCUUUAGUGGCUGGUAGAGGACAACUGCUCAGCUGUGGGGAGGAGGAGCAGCUCCAGAUAUAGCCAGAUUUUGCUGCCCAACUAUGUCUAUCCUCCUGGAUUUGGGAGGCUUUCUUGUCUCCCUCUGAGUGACAGAGGAGAUUUACACAGUAAAAUGUGCCUGUGCGGCAAACAGGCUUAUAGAACAUUUUCCUGUGCACACCAAAAUCAACGCUCUCCUCUCAGCCCCAACCCCUGCUAGAAAAUGGGCCAUAAAUUAAACUGACUUGACAGGUUAGAUGAACCUACUGUAGUUGCCCCUGAAGAGUGUGGCCACACGUUUUAUAGAUUUCAUGGCAGACAUUAGUUAUCUGUGAUGAUACUAAAUAGAGGCAAUACUAAACUCCAAUAAAUGUCAGACCUAUUGUCUGUCUUUAUAGAACUGAUGGUACUAUUUAAUUUAUUACCUAGGAGACCACAACACUCACAUGUGGUUUUCCUCAAGAUAAUAUUUUCAUUUGGUUGAAGGAUAAUUUAUCUAUUUGUUACAGUCCAGAAUAUUGUUAAACUAAAAUUUCCUGGGUUACACUUUAGAUGGGUUGUCUACAUGGUGGUAAUCAUAAGGAUUUUCCUCUAGCCUACAUCCUUUGGAAGGUUUCCUAGUCAUAUAUAAGCUCUUUAGGUAAGGCUUAUUCUUGCUGUCAGAACUUGGUGUGCAGCGCUAGUCCAUGUCUAUGAGCAUUAGAACAGCUUGAAGAUGUGUAAUGGGAGAAGGGCUAAGAAAUAAGGCUUGAGGCUCAAGCAAAAAUGGAAACUCUCAUCAUUAGAAUGAUAGUGCUCUUUGCACUGCAUGAUCAGCAGUGAGGAGGGGAGCGUGAAAAUCCUCACACCAAAGGACACUACAGCUUGAAGGAAUCCAUGACCCCUGAUUAGCAACCCUGGGGUUCAUCUGCUCAAACCAGAAAAUGUCUGAACUUCCUUAUCAGCUCCAGGCCUCACAGAUUGGAAGAAGUGACCAGUAAAAAAUGCAAUUGCUAUGCUUUCUGUUGGAAACUAUUAAAAAUUACACUGAACUCCAAACCCCACUGGAACAUGAGAUCCAGCAGCCUAGCCAAGCUUGUGUUAUUCUCAUUUCAUCCUCACACUCAGGACAGGCCUUGUGGGGAGGCACUAUUGGGAUUCUAGAAGCUUUCUGUUACAACUGGCCACACAUGCAAGUAGUCUCUGCAUGCAUGAUCCUCACAGGAGCUAGCACUUAAUCAGUAUUUAUUUUGGAUUCAUUUAAGGCAUAAACUUAGUAUCCUAAUACACUUGUUUUUGGAAAGGGCCAAGUUAUUGUACAUCUUAAUUUUUGAGCCUGCGUUGUUGAUACCUCGUGCAAUGACCACCAAGUAACUAUAUACCCAUGUGUUAGAUAUUAAUUACAUCAUUUGCAUCCCAUUCAGUAUUUGGAAUUAAAGAUGUGAAUGUUCUGUGACCAGAGCCAGGUUUGAUACAGAUGGAAUCAGCUCCGGUGGAGUCCUGAGAAAUCUGGUCACCUGCUCUACUGCAUCUGAAUUAAUUGUAUUUUAACACAGAAAUUAAAUGAUUUUAUAUAUAAAAAA